AUGACAACAAAAUCUGAUUAUCUUCUUCGUUUAAAAAUAAUUAGUCUUGGUAAUGUUAAUGUUGGAAAAAGUUGUUUAAUAAAACGUUAUUGUGAAAAACGUUUCAUACCAAAAUAUAUGGCAACAAUUGGUAUUGAUUAUGGUGUAACACGUUUACGUGUACGUAAUUAUGAUAUACGUAUGAAUAUAUUUGAUUUUUCUGGUCAUCCACUUUUUUAUGAAGUACGAAAUGAAUUUUAUCGUGAUGUUCAAGGUAUUUUACUUGUAUUUGAUUUAACAAGUCGUCGAUCAUUUGAUACAUUGGAGUAUUGGCUUUGUGAAAUGAAAAAAGAAUUAAAUUUAAAUAAUGGACAAAAAUCUUCAAUCAUUAUUUUUAUUGUUGGAAAUAAAAAUGAUUUAAAAAGAGUUGUAGAUGAAAAUGAAGCCAAAAUAUGGGCAAAUGUUCGUGGUUAUCAAUAUUUUGAAACAUCAGCUGCAACCGGUGCAGGUGUACAAGAAUUAUUCGAUAGUCUAUUUUCGGCAUUGAUUGAUACAAAUGAAAAUGGUGGUAUUACACCAGCUAAUAAUUUACCAAAUGUAAAUUUUACUAUGGAACAAGUUGAAGCAAUUAAUCGUUUACGAAAUAAUAAAGACAAUUUUGAACGCUUAGGUUUAAGACAUAAUUGUACAAAAGAAGAUGUUUUAGCAGCUUAUAAACGUUUAGCUAAAUUAUUACAUCCAGAUAAAAGCGAAGCACCUGGAAGUGAAGAUGCAUUUAAGUUAUUACUUAAUGCUAAAACAGAAUUAUUAAAUCGUUUUGAAAAAUAA